UACAUAUGUAGGCAGGUAGCAAAAGAAGCUGGGUACACACCUACUUGACAUCACCUCACAUGCAACCUUGUAAAGGUUUUCGAGAUUCACGACACUUAUUCGCUACAGUUUCGGAAUCUGACAACAUCAGUUACCAGCGCUGGAACUUGCGAAAGGGGACAUGUCCAACCAAAAAUCAACGAUUCCUGCAUAGAAUAAACGUUGGGGCGUAGUUUUCGUGCAUGACAAGCGCCUCUUUAACUGGCCCAGAGACGUCCCUACAGAGGUCUCCAACUGUCAUUACUACCCUGCUGAUUCUCACCUACGUCUUUAAAAGUCGCGCAGCUGUUCUCUACAUUCGUUUACUCCCUGCUUAAUUUAUUGUUGGAGUAACCAUCACUCGAAAAUAAAUAUCCUUAUUAUCAUCGCACAACAUGCCGUCGCGACCAGGCAACCGUCAUAGUCGGUAUGAGGAGGAAGAUCCAUAUGUAUUCAACGAUCCAUAUCGACAUUCUAGCUCGCCCAUUAAGAGUGGCGGUUACGAAUAUGUUGGCACAUCCGAGGCUUCUCUAAACCCAAACCCCAGACCUCGUCGCGUCCCGUCUCCAGAACCCGAUCAUCGCCGACGAGUAAGCCCGCCUAGAAGACACCCGAGAACCACGAGUCCUCCACGGCGCACAAACCACGACAGAGCAUACACCCCACCACUCAAAGCCGAUCGCCGGCCAUCACCCCCUAGAGCAUCCCGGCGCAACUCCCCAUCACGUCGGGACCGGGAUCGAGAUGGCAAGAGAGACAGCAAAAAGGCGCCCAACAACACCAAACCCCGCAAAGACGAAAGUUUCAUGGACCGUCCCGGCGUGAAACGCACAAAAUCAAUCGGCCAACAAGGCCUAAAGUUCAUCAGCGAAGCUGCAGCCCUAUACGCCGCAACGCAAGGGCAACAAGGCGGUGGAUCCGGUGGCGGCAGCGGCCGCUCCCCUAGCCGCGAGCGUCCCCACCGCAGCUCCCACCGCGACCCCGACUCCCGGCGUCGCCACCACCGCCGCCAUUCGCCUAGCCUAUCACCAUCACCACCGCCCCCAAGGCGCUCCAGAGCACACAGUGACGCCCCCCCACACACUCGGCGGAGAAAUAGAUCGCGCUCGCUAAGCAGCGACUCCGACUCCGAGUACGAGCGCGACCGCGGGCGGCGGCAUAACAAUACCCACUACCGCCAGCAGCCACCCCGCGGCCGCGCCUACACCGUCAGCCGCUCGCCCUCCCGCUCGCCCUCGCCCCGUCGCCACCGCAGCCGGCCCUCCAAAUCCGCCUCCUCGACCCACCGCCCCCACGCCCGCGCCUCCUCCUCCUCCGCAACCUCCAAGCUUGCCAAACAAGCCGUCGCCGAACGGUGGCAGACCGCCGCGCGCGCCGCGCUCGAAGCAGGCGGGCUGACGGCGUUCCGCCUGCGUAAGGACCCGGGGAGCUGGACCGGGGAGAAGGGCGCGCGGAUCGCGACGGCGGCGCUGGGGGCGGCGGCGAUCGACGCGUUUAUUGACAAGGACCCCAGGCAGACGAAGGCGAGUGGGGUGAAAGGGUUCGCGGAGAACACUAUUAGCAGUUUGCUUGCGUCGAAGAUUAUGGGGGUGAAGAGUCCGGCGGGGAAGAGGAGGGCGCGGUCGCGGUAUUGAUGGGGAUGUUGGGUUUUUUGUUUUGGGUGGUUGGAUCUCUUAUGGUAUGAUGCGGAUAUUACACGAAUAAGGGGGAAUAUAGGCUGGCAGAUUGCCGAUGAUGCGACAGGAUAUAUGGAAGUUAUAGGAUGGAAAAACGGGAUAUCCUUAUGAGGUUAUGAUACUGUUUCUUUUGUUCUUGGGCGAGAUAUAAAGCGUCUAGAUGGAUAGCGCGCAUGGUGUCUAGCGUUAGGCACUCAGCUCAGUUUAUUGUCAUUUCCAUUAAACUUCAAGUGUUCCAGGGCUUUAGCUUGUUCGUUCAUCUCUU